UAUUUCCGGGUUUAUUAAUACAGAAGGGAGAACUUGAGUAGGUCAGGGUUUCGAUCGAGGGGUUGGGGUCUCGUUUCACCCUCCAUCUCCUGGGACGAGGAUACCGUCGAUAACCCGGAAAAGGAGAGGCUGCCUUUCAAGAGCUGUCAUUUUCGCAGGCCCGGCCAGAAAAGGGAGGUCGGGCUUCUUACAGGGCUUGAGACCCAGCCCCCCCAACCAGCUCCCAGCAGGCUUUCGUCCCCGCCAUGGCUGAGUUGAUCCAAAAGAAGCUGCAGGGAGAAGUGGAGAAAUAUCAACAGCUACAAAAGGAUUUGAGUAAAUCCAUGUCAGGGAGGCAGAAGCUUGAGGCACAACUAACAGAAAAUAAUAUCGUAAAAGAGGAACUGGCCCUGCUGGAUGGGUCCAACGUGGUCUUUAAACUUCUGGGUCCUGUGCUGGUCAAACAGGAGCUGGGGGAAGCUCGGGCCACAGUGGGGAAGAGACUGGACUAUAUAACAGCUGAAAUUAAGCGAUACGAAUCCCAGCUCCGAGACCUUGAGCGACAGUCUGAGCAACAGAGGGAGACCCUUGCUCAGCUACAACAGGAGUUUCAACGGGCUCAGGCAGCAAAGGCAGGGGCUCCUGGAAAGGCCUGACCCCAUGGCUCGGGGGAAGGGGACGGGAGGGAAUGAGGCAGCUCUAGGGUCUAUAGUAUUGUAGCUAAUAAAAUGUAAAAAUACUUGACUCUGUUUUUGA